CCUUGACCUUUGUCUUAUCGGGAAAUACCGAAGAUCCGCUUGGUAGUUCUCGAAAGUUUUCGUUCAUUAUAACUGUUUAUAAUGGGUGUCAGUGUAGAGAUUCAUUCUGAUUUUGGCUAUGUGGUUUUAGUCAUCGUGGCUACAUGGGUUUUGCUGAACUGGCUUGGACUACAAGUUGUAAAGGCAAGACGAAAGUAUGAAGUCCAGUAUCCCCUCAUGUACUGCACGGACACGUUCGGUGAUGGCCAAAUGUUCAACUGUAUUCAGAGAGCUCAUCAAAACACGCUUGAGGUGUAUCCUGUGACUUUGGUACUAUUAAUUUUUGGGGGACUUGAAUUUCCAAAAGUUAGUGCCCUGUGUGGAGUUGUGUGGAUCAUCAGUCGUGUCGUGUAUGCACAGGGAUAUUACACUGGAGAUCCAGCAAAGAGGACCCGAGGUGUCUUCGGAUAUGCUGGGCUACUUGUGCUCCUGAUCAACACCAUCAUCUUUGCCCUGGAUAUCCUGGACUUUGUGUAACAUCAUCACCUCCACCAUGAUAUCCUGGACUUUGUGUAACACCAUCACCUUGACCAUGAUAUCCUGGACUUUGUGUAACACCAUCACCUCCACCAUGAUAUCCUGGACUUUGUGUAACACUAUUACUUUUUGCCAUGGACGUCCUGGACCUAGUAUAACACCAUCACUUUUUGCCCUGGACGUACAUGACAUUGUGUGUAUAUUUGCAUCUUACAAUUGACAGAUAUUGAUAUCCUUGGAUGAUUUUAUAUUAUUACAACUGCUGGUUGUGUUCAUGUGUGUUGCGAUGUCGACAUCACUGGUGGAUAGACCAUCAUGCCUUACUUCUCCUUUAAAUUCACAGUGAAAUUGUAUGACAUUCUUUGACCACCCUUACUGGAACCUGCAGUAGAUAUAAAUUUUAAUAUAGACAGUGAUGUGUGUCUAGCUUAGAAAUUGUUUUACUUCAGACUUACUGCUAUAUAAGUACAUUACUCACGUGUUAUCCUAUGCUUGUCAAUACAAACAUGAUUUCUUUAUUACAGCAGUCUUGGAAUACAUAGCAACAAUCAAUGUCCUGAAACUUAGUUACCGUGAUCUGUGAGCUCAUCAAGUUAUUGUAACUUAGUUACCGUGAUCUGUGAAUUUAUCAGGACCGUUUCUUGUUGUACACAUUUGAUUUUUUAAUGUCAGGAAAGCGUCGAUGCUCAGUUUGCACUUGACAUUCCGGAAAUGCAAGAGCAUUAUAAUAAUCAUACUACCUAUCUUUUGUAUAGUACUAGCAGUACUACUUGAUCUUUUUGCUUUCUGAUGUAGUUGAGCUGCAUCAUGAAAUAUGUACUCAGAAUAAAUGUGGAAUGUUA